UAUGGAUUUGGAGAAGGAUGUUAUGAGUACUUUGGCUAAAGUCAAACAAUAUGAAGGUUCAAUGACUUAGCUAAAAAGAAAUAUUCAGAAAUGCCAAAUUACAUUAAAGGAACUUGGUAGUAUUAAUGAAUAGAAGACAUAUCAACCUGUUGGUAAAUGGUAAUAGAUUUCAUUUAAUUAACAGCUUCAUUCUAAAACCAAAAAAAGAUAUUGCUGAUGAAGUUGUAGAAAUCAUUAAAUCUCAUGAAAAAGAUAUUGAUGAAUAUGAAAAAGUCAGAUAACAUUUAAUUACAAAAGGAAAAGAAAAGGAAACAUAAUUACAAGAGGCCAUGAAAGCAUUAAAAAUUUGAA